CCCCCACCUCUGGGCCGCCGGGGCCCACCCAUCGCCGUCGCCACCCUCCCCACCCCAUCGGCCCCGCCGGCCGCCGCAGAUGGGCCAGCCGCGGCGGCGCGGCAACCCGCACGGCCACCACCUCCGGUGCCCGCGCCGCAUUGCGCUGCCGGCGGCCGCGCUGGCCCUGCUCUUCCUCGCCGUCACGCUCCUCGCGGCCUCACUCCUCUUCGCGCCGCCGCUCGCGGACCUCCGCCCCGGCCUCGCCGCCUCCUCCACCUCCCGCCGGUUCCUCCGCCGCUCCCCGACACACGGAUGGAUUCGGCAGGAUGAUCUUUGGCGCUCAAAGCUUGCUAGCAACUUCUAUGGAUGCAGCAACUGUAGCAGUAAAUUUCCUGAUUCCAGCAUUACUACACAACCGGAUCGAUUCCUAAUUGUUGUUACAAGUGGAGGCCUCAAUCAGCAGAGAACGGGGGUGAGGUUUUUCUCUAGUUGCUUUUUUUUUGGGUACAAGUAGGGCCUCAUGGAUAUGAUUAAGAGCUUCUGAAGUAAACAUGGAAUUCCUUUAGCACAUGCUCACACUGUUUAUACUAUCUUUUUUUUUUUGCGAAACACUGUUUAUACUAUCUUAUUGCACCAAACUCAUAAUAUAUGCUGUCAGUAUCUGCUUGAACUGCUGGAGGUUCCUAUCUUGUUCUAGGUCCCAGGAUAUAUAGUCCUAGUCUUCUCUUUAGUAGUAUAUGUCUGAGUGCGAUGCAUCUAAAAAAAUUCUAAUCCUUUUGUUAAAUGGACUGGAGAGUAUUUUCUCAAUUGUGAAUGAUGACACACUAACAAUUUA